AUGAAAGCCGGCGAGGACCCCUGCGACUUUGGCGCCCUGCGCCGCUCCAUCGUCUCGCCUCUCUGCGUGCGCGAGAGAGGCGCCGUUGGUGUUAGUACCAGCGGCGGUGGUUUCGGUGCUGCUGCUGGUGCUGCUGGUGGUGCUGCUGGUGGUGCUGCUGGUGGUGGCUCGGCGUUUGGGUAUAGUCCUGCGGCCGCUGCUUCAGGCAUGCGGGAUUUGAUCUCCUCCUGGCGGCAGAAUGCGGGCGAGCUGGCGAGCAAUGUGAACCGUUCGAUCAGGAAACGGGCCAAGAGACGUGCUAAGAAAGUGGCCAGAGGGGCGGAUUUUCCAGAAGCGGAGGCUAUGCUGUUAACGAAUGGGCUUAUAAGCGGGUUUGAUGGGGGGCUUCCGUCGUCACCUAGUGGGUCAUCGUCGGUGGGCGGUGGCGGGGAGUGGGUGAGGGUGAAUGGUGGCCGCACGCACAACAACAACAGCAACAACAACAUGGAUGCUAGUAGUACGAGCAGCUCCAGUGCUGCGAGCAGCAAUGGCGUUGGUGGUAAUGGUAAUGUUAAUGGUGCUGUUGCUGCAGGUGCUGGUGCUGCUGGUGCUGCUGGUGCUGCUGGUGGUGCUGGUGUUCGAAAUCUGAGUGGGUUUAGUGCAGGGGAUACGGAGAAAGGAGGAGGAGGGGAGGCUUGUGUGUUGUCCCAAGGGGAGGGUAGUGACGGGUCGUGUGAACGAGAGGGCAGGGAGGGCAGGGAGGGCAGGGUUCUGGACAGGCAACCCGUGGGUGAGAGGGGAGUUGCUGGAGGUAGAAGGGCGGCACAGCUGCAGCAGGAACAGCAACACAACCGUCAGCAGCAGCAGCAGCAGCCGUUGCUGCAGCAGCAGUUGCAGCAGCAGCAGCAGCAGCAGUACGAGAUUGUGAACCUGCCAGCAGACGCGCGGCCGCUGCUGGUGUUUGUGAACAAGCGCAGCGGGGCGCAGCACGGCUCUGCUCUCAAGCGCCGCUUCAACAUGCUGCUCAACCCCAUCCAGGUGGUGGAAUUAUCCAAGGACCGGGGUCCCGAGUACGGGCUCUCUCUGUUUGACCAUGUACCCAACUUCCGGGUGCUGGUGUGCGGGGGAGACGGCACGGUGGGGUGGGUGUUGGGCGCGAUAGAGAAGCGCGGCUACGACAUCCCCCCGCCCGUUGCCGUGCUGCCCAUAGGCACUGGCAACGACCUGGCCCGCGUGCUGGGAUGGGGAGGCGGGUUCGGUGCUGUGGAGCGACAGAUUCUAGGCACCUCUGAAUUGCGCGUGCUGGGCUGGGGAGGUGGGUUCGGUGCAGUCGAACGACAGCAUCCCCAUCCCUUUUCCCCUUUUCUCCUUCCUCCUGCCACCUCUCAGGGAGGGCUGCUUUCCGUGCUGCUGAGCAUAGAGAACGCGCCCAUUGCCAUUUUGGACCGAUGGGCUGUCACCUUCCAUCCUGCUGCCGGUGUGGGGUGCGAUGCAAAGGUCGCUCUGGAAAUCCAUCUCCUAAGGGAGGAGAAUCCCGAAAUGUUCUACAACCAGUUCCUGAACAAGGUGCUAUAUGCCACGGAGGGCGCGCGGGACUUUGUGGACCGCAGCUGCAGCAACCUGCCAUGGCACGUGCGCGUGGAGAUUGACGGCCGCGAGGUCGCCAUUCCAGAGGAGCUGGAAGGAGUGCUGGUGCUGAACAUUGGCAGCUACAUGGGCGGAGUGGACCUGUGGCAGAACGAGGAGGAGCUGGAUGACGGGCUGGCACCGCAGCUCAUGCACGACCGGCGGGUGGAGGUGGUGGGCAUCUGCGGCGCCUGGCACCUGGGCAAGCUGCAGGUGGGCUUGUCACGAGCCAUUCGCCUGGGGCAGGGCCGGUCAGUGCGAAUCCACACGUCCGUGACAUUCCCCGUGCAGAUCGAUGGGGAGCCAUGGCUGCAGGCGCCCGCCACCAUCCACAUCGCCCACCACUCCCAGGCGUUCAUGUUGCGGAGGACAGAGGGGGAGCCGGUGGGGCAUGCAGCGGCGGUGCUGAGCGAGGCAGUGGAUGCACUCACAGCCAGGGGAGUCAUCACUGCCUCACAGAAGCGAGCGCUGCUCCAGGAGGUGGCGCUGCGACUGCAGUGA